CUGCGCCUUCAGCCCCAGCCCCCAUCUGCCCUUCACGCCACGCUUGCGCACUGUUUCUCAUGUGUGCUCUGAGGUUCUUUACGGCGGAUCCAGCUGAACUUCUUGAGGUUAGCAAGUUUGGUUUCCGACCCUUUCGGUUGUCCUGUCCACAGAUUCCCACAUCUCCCAACCGGCGCUGCAGCCAUGGGCAAGAGCAAGACCAAGCGCUUCAAACGGCCUCCAUUCUCUCCCACGGGUGAACGUGAGACAGUGGAGAAUGAGGAGGCCAUACUUGGCGAUUCGCCGGCUGUGGAGCUCCUAGAAAAGCUCCAGCAUCCGAGCGCCGAGGUCCGUGAGUGCGCCUGUGCGGGGCUAGCGCGGCUGGCGCAGCAGCAGCCCACCAUCUCUGCCUUGACCCGCAGGGACGCCGUACGGCAGCUUGGGCCACUGCUGCUCGACCCCAGCUUGGCCGUGCGGGAGACGGCGGCCGGCGCCCUGAGAAAUCUCAGUGCUUGUGGAGGUUUUGAAGUUUGUGAUGACAUGGUUACUAAGGACAUCAUGACACCACUUGUUGCACUGUUAAAAGAGUGUAGUGCUGGAUUAGAUUCCAAUGAAACCUCUUUGAAGAAAAACAAAGAUCUGAAUAAAAAUUAUAUCGAAGAUAUAGCUAAUGAGGCUGUGAAUGUGCUAUGGAAUAUAUGUGAAUGCAGUAGUAGAGCAGUAUCUAUAUUCAACAAAGAAGGGUGCUUGGAGAUUGUAUUAAAGUAUUUAAGUAGGUUUUCCACCAAUGUUGACCUGGCUAUUUCAGUAGCAUUUUGUUUACAAGCAGUAACAGAAGAUAACCCAGAGCUUUUAAAAUCUUUCAGUGCUCCGGCUUUACAGGUUCUAGAAUCAGCAAUGUUCUCACCUAUCUCUUCUAUGGAAUACACUCUUCUGAAAACAUUAUUGGCAGGAACAGUGUGGAAUCUAAAGGAUAUUCUUCCAUCCAAGAGUCAAGCAGAUACCAUAAAUGCACUUCUAAAGAUUUUCUCUGAUGUUUUAGAAGUGGAUAUUGGGGAAGUGGUUAUUCAGAUGAAGGAAGCUGAAACUCAAAGGUUAAAUACUGCUACAGAGACAGAGACUGAGGAAGCAGAGGAAAUGAAUGGUGAUACUUUGAAAGAAGAUGAUGAAAUGGAAGAAAUUCCCCACAAAAGGAAAGUCAGAAGGAAAACUUUCAUUUCAGACCUACUUCCACCAAAUGAAAAGGAAUUGAAACAGACAGUAGCCUUACUCACUGCUCAGCAGAUUGCCCUAGAAAUUAUUGUCAACAUGUGUUGCAGUGAAGAUCCUUCUGAUGAUGAGUGGGAUGAGUUUUCUAGCAGUGAUGAAAGUGAUGCAUUUAUGGAUAAUUCCUUCAAUGAAUCCAAUGGACAACUAAUGUCCCCACUCUGCCUUUCUGCUGAGGUUCAUACUGCUCUUACAAACUACCUCAUUCCCAAAAAGAUUGUUGAGAAAAUUGCCUUUCCAAACAGCGUGGCAAUUGACAUCUGUUCCAGAAAUCCUACUUGGAAGCCAUUGAUUAGAAAGAUGAACACUAUACAGUGUAGAGCCCUUGUGUGCCUUCACAGUAUCUUAUCUGUUUUAGACAUAGACUGUCUUGGAGGAGCCCCAGCACUUCAGACACUUGCACAGCACCUGUCACAGCUUGCUUUUUCUCAGCCAGAUUUUGCCAAACACACAGAAUUUCUGGAAGCCAUAAGUAGUGCUUUAAGGACUCUCUUGCAGAUAAUGGCAUCCAAGAACAUUUCUCAGUGCAUGACUCCUGAGCAGCUGAUGUCAUUAUGUGAAGCUGGCAUUCAUAGCAGUAAUAUUGGUGUUAGAGUAAAUGUCGUUAGUAUUUUAGGAAUCACAGGCAGUGUCUUAUCCAAAGAAGAUGGUACCCUUGAAACAUUGAAGACUAUUGGCAGAUUUCUUCUUGAAGUAGCCACCAAAGAUUCUUCUCUUGUAGUAGCCGGAGAAACUCUAGAUGCCAUCUUUGAUGUUUUUGCAGAUGGUAAAGAGGCUGAAAAGGCAGCAGUUGAGAUCAAAUUAUUAUCUGCACUGAAAGAAUUCCAGCCAGUUUUCAAAACAAAGAUUCGAAAAGAAGGAAGAGGAAAAUAUAGUACAGAUCAACUCUGUGUUCUUGACAAUGUGAAAAUGAACUUGAGAAGAUUUAUUGCUUAUCAAGAGACUGUAGAGAAAAGACUAACUCCUUGAACUACCAGAAAACCGAUUCUUCUCAUUUGUUUUAAUUGCUAUUGGGUGUUUACUAUUACAAAAUGGAGGCCUUUACUUUAUCUCAAAUGCCACUUGUAUUUUACAAUAUAUGCAAUUUUUAAAAAUUAACUGCAUAUUUUCAGUUUUUAAAUAUUAAAAAAUGGCGGGGUUAUAUGUUUUUAAUGCCUUUGGAAAGUUUUACAGAGUUUGAUAUUAUGCUUUAAAUUUUUUUUUCCUGUGGAUAAUCAUUAUUUCGUAGGGAAAUCGUAUUUUAAAGGAAUUGAAUUGUUCUUAACUAAACUGUAAGUAAAAGAGAAACCACUAAAUGAUCAUGUUUUAGAUGAAUUUUGCAGAAUAGAUCCUCUCAACAGUACUCAUGGUGGGAAGUUAAUAUAGUUUUCUAAAUUUUAAAAAUAGAAUCCAUAGAGACUUCCCAAUUGUGUUCCCUUUUUCUGAAUUUGUGAGCUACUCCAAUUUGGGAUUUACAAGUAGGUUAAUAAUAGUGUAGGUGGUAAUUAUGAGAAUCCAUUCAAUUCAGUGUGCCUAGGGAAGUAGAGGAAUUUUGGAGUUUUUUCAUUGGUUUUUUUAAAAACUUCAUAUUGAAAUUGUACAGAUAUCUAAUAACUUGGAUAAUUCAAACUUUGAAUAUCUGCUCAUUAAUGUAUAUAGCAUUUUUUAGACAUACAAGAUCUACAGUAGUGCUUUCUAGCCUUUUUUUUUUGAAGUAUAUCAACUUUCUCCCAAACUCUUUGAGACCGGAGGAUAAGAAGACAAGGGUUUACAGUUGCAGGGGUGCAGUGGGUAGGGGUGAGGUGUGGUGAGAUGAGAAGAACAGAGAGGACUGGCUGCUAAAAGAACUUCAUUUUGCUCUGAUAGGGAAAGAAGGGAUAAUAGCAAUAUCUCUCUUAGAGAUCUAUCUCAUUUCAACUAUUCAAGCAGAGUUAAUAUAUUGGGGAGUGCUAAUGGACAGCAUAUUAAUUUUUAUUGGCUGGUUUUAUAGCUUGUAAAAUUAGCUCCUAAUCUACAUUUCAUUUAUAUUAUGCCUUCUUUUUAUAGUACUAACAUAAUUCAGAUUUCUUGUAGAUCAGGUGAAGAAAAGAGAUUGGGUGUUGGGGAAAGAAACCAGAGAUUAUCAAUAAACAUUGUAUGACAAAGUAUAUUUUCAAAAAUACAUUUUUCUUUUGAUUGCCAUCAUUUUAUAAUGGUGUUAUAUUGUAGCCUUCAGUAUUUAUAUGAAACCUAUAAAUACAUUCCUGGACCCAGAAAUUGACUUGUAUAAAGGAUCAAUUGGUGGAAUUGAUUAAAAAGUCUUAAAGGAAGUGAAAGUAUUUGUGGACUCUGAGCAAUGACUAUUUUGAUUUGUAUUUGCAAUCUUUUAACCAACUAAAUGUAAAGGGAAGCUAUUUAAAUCUUUUUUAUAUUUGGAGCUGUUUAUGCUGUAGUCAUUACAGAACAGAAGAAUUUUAUUUUACAUGUAUAGUAUUAUUAUAUAAUAUACUACUACUUUACUAGUAGUCUAGGAGGGCAGUAGUUUCAUUUGUAUACCAUUUAGAGGAACCCACUGGCAUUUGUAGUGAUUUUGUGUGUGUGUGUGUGUGUGUGUAAGAGAGAGAGAGAGAGAGAGAGAGACACACACACACACACACACACACACACACACACACACACACACACACACACACAAAAUAA